AUGCGCGCACAACAGCUGGCUGCGCCCUCUCCAGAGGACGGCGAGCUGCCAGACAUCCUCAUCUUCAAGUACCAGAACGAGUCCUGGAGCUUCGAGUUCCCUGCCUUCUCCAUCGACGACGACCGGCUGUGCGUCAGCGACAUCCGACGGCUGGCCGGCCAGACCCUCAACAUCGCCGACAUCAGCAGGAUAAAGCUCAUGUACAAGGGCCGCCUGAUGACCGACGACGCCGCCAGUGCAAAGUCGCAGGGCCUGAAGCAGUUUUCCGAGGUCGUGGCGAUCGUCAUGCCGGGCUACACGAAGGGUGUUUACGGUGGGAGCAGCGGCUUGAUCGACGGAUGGCGCGAGGCUCAAUUGAUUCCCGUCUCUGACAGCGAGGAGGACGACGAGCAGCCGUCCCUGCGACCACCACCGCCGCCGCCACUGCAGAAGUCACAGCAGCAGCAGCAGCAGCAGCCGUCGUCGUCGUCGUCGUCGUCGUCGUCGUCGUCUGCUUCACGGCCACGGCGGCCGCCGAAGGUCAAGAUUGAGGUCAGAGACGACGAUGAAUCAGAGGACGAGAGGUACUACUACAAGCCGUCGCCCGUUCGUCGAGGCCGGUCACCACCCAAGUAUGUCCCCCAGGAACGAAGGAAGUCUGUCCGCCGCGAGCGCAAACCAAGAGACCCGUCGCCCGUCUCCCCUGAUCGAAAGCCCCGGCGGCGGCCAGUACAACAACAGCAACAACAACAACAACAACAACAACAGCAACCUCCUGUGCAGCCAGUCCAGCCAGUGAGAGUGCCCGUGUCGGCUAAGGAACCCAUAUCUCCCCGGGAAAAGAUCUACGCUCGCCAGACCCGGCCGCCAUCACCUCCAAAAUCUAAAUACCAAUACCCAGCUGUCCCUCCGUAUCCAUCCCCGCCUCCAGCCGCAUAUGACCCGCUGCCAAACAUCUGUCGAGAGCCACGGCCAUACGCAACCUCUCAUCCUUCGCCGUCCGUCAGCAGCACCGUCAGCUCAUCGACUUACACCUCAGACUCGGCCUCUACGGCUGCCUCGACAGCGGCAUCUGUUUCUCCCACCGUGCCCACAUCCAUACCUACUUCUACUAAACCAAAACCAAAACCAAAGGCCAACAAGACAUACUCUGUGCCUAACCGGCCGCCUACCCCCUGUCCUCCCUUCCUUGCAUCCCACUCCACAUCUGACAAGCUCACCAUCUUCGAGAAAUAUGUAACUGACAAGCUGAUACCGCUUUGCACUCGGUUCAUCAUGCACCCACCUGCAGAUGCACGAGCGCAGAACAAGGAGCAGCGAAGGCUAAGUGAGGCAAUGGAGCGGGUUCUCGCCAGGGCAGAUGAGAUUACCGUUGGUUCGUCGCGGCCACUGAGAGAUCGCAGGAAGGCUGCCGUGCAGAUGGUCCAGCGCUUCCAGACCAGGAUCGACGCCAUGAUCGUCCCUGAGUAA